UCCCAAGAAGGUGUUGGUCAUAAGGAAGAAAGAUCUUUGUUUAAUCCCUCUGAAAAGAAAUGGCUUCGGACAUCCCUGGAUCGGUGACACUGCCCGUUGCCCCCAUGGCGGCCACUGGACAGGUGAGGAUGGCCGGGGCCAUGCCUGCCCGUGGAGGAAAGCGGCGUUCCGGAAUGGACUUCGAUGAUGAAGAUGGCGAAGGUCCCAGCAAAUUUUCAAGAGAGAACCACAGUGAGAUCGAGCGGCGCCGUCGGAACAAGAUGACCCAGUACAUCACGGAGCUGUCCGACAUGGUGCCCACGUGCAGCGCGCUGGCCCGGAAGCCGGACAAGCUCACCAUCCUCCGCAUGGCCGUCUCCCACAUGAAGUCCAUGCGGGGCACGGGGAACAAGUCCACGGAUGGCGCCUACAAGCCUUCGUUCCUGACAGAGCAGGAACUGAAGCAUCUCAUCCUGGAAGCAGCUGAUGGAUUUCUGUUUGUAGUGGCGGCUGAGACAGGGAGAGUGAUUUAUGUGUCUGACUCCGUCACCCCAGUUCUGAACCAGCCGCAGUCAGAGUGGUUCGGGAGCACCCUCUACGAGCAGGUGCAUCCUGACGACGUGGAGAAGCUGAGAGAGCAGCUGUGCACGUCAGAGAACUCGAUGACAGGCCGGAUCUUGGACCUGAAGACUGGGACGGUCAAGAAGGAAGGGCAGCAGUCGUCCAUGAGGAUGUGCAUGGGUUCCCGGCGGUCCUUCAUCUGCAGGAUGAGGUGUGGAAAUGCUCCUUUGGACCACCUUCCUCUAAACAGAAUAACCACCAUGCGGAAAAGGUUCAGGAACGGCCUCGGCCCUGUGAAAGAAGGAGAAGCCCAGUACGCCGUGGUCCACUGCACAGGCUACAUCAAGGCUUGGCCGCCAGCAGGGAUGACUAUACCGGAAGAAGAUGCCGAUGUGGGACAAGGCAGUAAAUACUGCCUUGUGGCAAUCGGAAGACUCCAGGUGACCAGCUCUCCCGUGUGCAUGGACAUGAGCGGGAUGUCGGUGCCCACGGAAUUCUUAUCCCGGCAUAACUCUGAUGGGAUCAUCACAUUUGUGGACCCGAGGUGCAUCAGCGUGAUUGGCUACCAGCCGCAGGAUCUUCUAGGAAAGGACAUUUUGGAAUUCUGCCACUCUGAGGAUCAGAGCCAUCUGCGGGAGAGCUUCCAGCAGGUGGUUAAGCUGAAGGGCCAAGUGCUGUCGGUCAUGUAUCGAUUCCGCACCAAGAACCGGGAGUGGGUGCUGAUCCGCACCAGCAGCUUCACGUUCCAGAACCCCUACUCUGACGAGAUCGAGUACAUCAUCUGCACCAACACCAACGUCAAGCAGCUUCAGCAGCAGCAGGCGGAGCUGGAAGUGCACCAGAGAGACGGGCUGUCAUCCUAUGACUUAUCCCAGGUUCCUGUCCCCAACCUUCCAGCUGGUGUUCACGAGGCCGGAAAGUCUGUAGAAAAGGCAGAUGCAAUCUUCUCCCAGGAACGAGAUCCACGUUUUGCUGAGAUGUUUGCAGGAAUCAGUGCAUCGGAGAAGAAGAUGAUGAGCUCAGCCUCGGCAGCGGGAACCCAGCAGAUCUACUCCCAGGGAAGCCCGUUCCCCGCCGGACACUCGGGAAAGGCCUUCAGCUCUUCGGUGGUCCAUGUGCCCGGAGUGAAUGACAUCCAGUCGUCCUCCUCAACGAGCCAGAACAUGUCCCAGAUCUCCCGGCAGCUAAACCAGAGUCAGGUGGCGUGGACAGGGAGUCGGCCACCCUUUCCCGGACAGCAAAUCCCCUCUCAGUCCAGCAAGACCCAGUCUUCUCCCUUUGGGAUUGGAACGAGCCACACCUACCCGGCAGACCCCUCCUCCUACAGUCCUCUGUCCAGCCCGGCUACCUCCUCGCCAAGCGGAAACGCCUACUCCAGUCUUGCCAACAGGACUCCCGGGUUCGCUGAAAGUGGACAAAGUAGCGGGCAGUUCCAAGGGCGGCCCUCGGAAGUCUGGUCGCAGUGGCAAAGCCAGCACCACGGACAGCAGAGCGGUGAGCAGCACUCCCACCAGCAGCCCGGUCAGACUGAAGUGUUCCAGGUAAAUCAGCGAGCACCGCCUUCUCGUAGGACAUGCUACCCAUGCCAGGAGACCCAACCCAGGGGACGGGCAACUAUAACAUCGAAGACUUUGCCGACCUGGGCAUGUUCCCGCCGUUUUCCGAGUAGCUGCGGGCAGAGCGAGGCUUCCGCUGUGCCGUGCCCCACCUGCUGUGAUGUCGAUGCCCAUGUGAGUGGGCCCCCCCCUCCUCCCGGCCUGUCCUGCCGCAGGACCCCUCCGCAGAAGACAUCUCACCCUCUGUGUGCCCCCCAGCACGGCAUUGCUUGGCUUCUAACCCCCAGCCGGGGCUGCGCAGCCACUGACCAGGAGCCGCUGGACGCUGGGGCUUUGUUGUAUCUACUGUGUUUUACCUGUGUGUGCUUGGGAGGCCAGCCCACUGGGUCCUUGCAAUCUGGUUGUGACUCAUCUCAUAUCAGGUAAUUGUAACCUAUAAAAAGUUCGGUUACAGCCCAGAGAGCCCAAGCAGCAGCCCCUAGGCCUGCCUGGGAAGCUGGAAUCUGGCUUCUUUCUUGCCUUUCACUUCUGUGCCCAUGUGGGGCACAGGGGGUGCUGGGGAAAGGGACAGUCAGGAUGCGCAGCCUUUGUUCUAGGAGUUGGCGAGGGGUAGCCCGGGGUCCUCUGUCCCCGGCUCAGCCACCUGUCUGUGCGUCCGUUGUGCUGUAGGACGUGUGUGCUUCGUGCAGUGUGACGUGAAUCCCUGUCCUGGUGGAUGUGUUGUGCCCCGUGUCUGUCGUGUGCAGCCAGAGCGGUGUCUGGAAUCCAGGGUGUGUGGCGAGAGUGGGAGCCCAGACGUGCAGCCCUGUCUGAGCUGGGCGGCGCCCUGGCCGGGGGAGGCCUGGCCCAGGGCCUGGGCGCCGGGCAGACAGGCCGAGCUGAGCAGGUGGGCACGUCACAGCAUCACCAGGAGCCCUGGCCGGGAACCGCUCACUUUGAUAGGUCAGGCCUUUGGCCCAGGACCCAGUGCAGAUUCGAGCAGUCGUCUUCUGAGAGAGACCAGCCCCGUCCUGUGAGGGAGCCCCCAUGGGAGCCCCCACCCACCUCUGGGUCUGGAGAGCAGCCCUUCCCAGCCCUUCCGGCUUCCACCAGGUUUCUCAUCCCUUCCCGAUGCCUGCAGGGGGCGCCCCUUGAGCCCACAGAGGCCAGGCCCUGCUGUGCAGGUGUGAGGGCGCCCCGGCCUCCUGGCCCUUCUGAGCCACGCACGUGCUUCCCCCGGACCAGCCUCUGGAGACGGCCGUGGGGUGAACCCCGCGCGCAGAGCUGGGAACUCUGAAACACCUCCCCCGAGGCCGCCUGAGCUCCUUUCUUCAGCAGGGGACAGUGGCGUCUUGGGAGGGACAGAGUGCGGGUCUGUGAGGUGGGAGAUCGGGCUCCAGUUCUGGGUCCAGUUCUGAUUGCGCCCCACACUCACCCGGGCCCUGAGCUCCUCAGGUGGUCUCAGGAUGGGAGUGAAAAGCUUCAGCCUGGCCGACCUCGGAGCCCCGGUCGCUGGCUGGCUGUGUUUCCCUCAGAUUUGAGAUUAGUUGAAGAAUCCAUCCCGUUUUGACUUACCUCUGCGACCUCCCAUGUCCUUUACACUAGGGGAGAAACUCUGGUGUUCUCUCCUUUUCCUGGUGGUCGCCCUCCCAUCAGCUCCCCGACUCUCACAUGGCUGCUUCAGGGCUGGUGGAGGAGCCCACCCACUGGGAAAGCCUUUUUUUCAGGCAGAUCCCUCAGGCACAUGGCUCAGAAACGACCUGUGUGUCCCUCUCCCACACCCCCCACCCCACCCCGAAUCCCUGGAGGGCCAGGCUGAGUGGAGUUGCUUCCAGGCUGCCUGAGCGCUGGGUGAGCCCAGCCUGCAGGAGGGAGCCGGGGGAGAGUGUCCGCUCUGCUCUCUGAGAGCCCUGAGCUGAGCCCCAGCCCUGCCGGUGCCCAGAUGGGAGCGUGUGCCCCGCCGUGCCUGGGGAGCCCCCCCUCUAAACAUCUGGCGUUGUUCAGUAAGAUGUCUACGGCUGGCAGCCAGCUUUGUGUGAUCCCAGCUCCGAGGCUCUAAAUUAACACUGGCUUUACAGUUUCUAGAGUGGCUCUUAAUUCUUUUGUAUACAGUGGUGAUUGGAUUUGGGGUUUAGAUGCGCAGGCUUCCUUUUACACUUAGGAGCCUUUUGGCUUCUGGGAGAGUGGCAGAUGGCUGAAACUCCUCACACCCUCGAGGACCAGACCCAGAAGGGGCUUCCCGGGGCAUGCCCUGCCCCCGGGGCCACCUCUGCCAACCUCCGCAGCCUUGAGCUUGCCCCAGGCAGUGGACUUAGUUAUUUCCCAAAAAGGCACAAAAAUAGCUUUUGGACCCAAGAAUGGUUUCUCAGUGAAAUGAAAACAGACUCUCUGUGGCUUUUAAUCUGUAGGUUUGGAAGCUUGAGGUCGGGGGAGGGGGGGAGCGGGAUCUUAUGUUUGUUUCUCCUUCUAGUUCUUGGAUGAAAUCAGGGGCUUCUCCUAAGUGCACACGUUGGGCUGGCGCACAGACCAUGAGCCUGCCGCACACCUGGGCUGUGCUGGGCGCUGGGGGCUGCAAAAGGACGUGGGAGGAGAGCUCUGCUCCCAGGAACCUUCCACUACUCGCUCACUUACACGAGCAUCCAGGGUGAAGAUUCUUGGUCCUCGAAGGCUAGGAUUCGUAGAUGACUGAAAGCCUCAGUGGGGGAGGAUCAGGGCUAAAUAGUCCGCCCCUUCCCCUCUUCCAGCUUUGUCUCGUGAGCACCGGUGGGGACUCUGACUGCAGUCAGGUUGGCCGACUCGAGUUCUCUGUCUUCUCCACUCUCCACUCCGCUUUUUGGUUGUGCUUCCUAGAAGCCAUCAGUGGCCUCUAAGCAAACAGACAGGACCAAGAGGAUUCCACACCGGAGGAACUCUCCCCCCAAGGAAUUUUGAGACAAACUAGAAUAAGAAUUAAAUCCUUCAAGGGUCUAAUUAUCCCAGUUUGUAAAAGAACCUCCCUCUCCAGUCCUGCCCAGUCAGGCCAGGAUGCACAGGACUCUGUGCAAAUCAGCGUGGCCCCCGCCCAGGCCCCAGCCUGCACGCCUCUCCUCCUGGAGAUGGAGGCAGAGCUGGGUUGGGAAGGGGAAAGGCACUUAGGACUUUGGCUCCGGGCUCACUUCCUCACUCACACCUCAUCUCACACCUACUAGGCCUUCGGCUGGCUUUCCUCAGGCCGAGCCAGCAGAAGGCUUUCCACCCUAAAGGGCCAUGCAGUGGCUGCCUGAACCUUGGGUGAGAACAUGAAUGCAGCCACACCGAGGCUCAGCCAGGACUUGGUGACUUCGACAGUGGCUAAGGAGGUUCUAGAACGCCCUGCCUGCCUGUCCCUCCCCACUAGUUUUGUCUUUCGUUCUGGUUUCAGGGAGUGGUAGAGCCAUCACAGACAGCAACGUUCCCCUCCUUUCCCCAGUGUGUCCAAUUCACCCCUUCCGUUCUUUCAUGAAUACCUGUUGCAGCCGGGGGCGGAUUCUGACAGCUGUCGGAACUUGCAGCAGGGAGUAUAAACCUCCCGUGCCCAUCAAGGGGCUGUGCGUUCCCCAGAUAAGCCACACUCCGGUAUCAGUGCUGCGGCUCGGCUUGGCCGAGAGAUGAGUCAGGCCCCUGGCGAGUGAAUAGUGUACCCUUCCCGCCGCGUCAGCCCUUGGGCCAGCAGUGAGCCCCUCCUCCCCGGGCCCACCUGCUCCCUCAUGGUUAGGACUUGUCACAUAAGCAAGAGCAAGCCGAUUAUCUAGCAGCUCCAGCCAGUAGCAAGGCAGGAUGGAAACGCUCCCUGUUUUCAUAGAAUGUACGGGUUUGGUCAUGAGGUCGCUGUGACCUGACCUGCCAGGGCAGCCCCAUGCCACCCCGACCGGAGCCUCCUGCUGUGUACUAAGGGGCCUGGCUGCCUAGGGUCUGGGCCACUUUAAAGAGGCGUCGCACCCUGAUGCAGGCCCGUUUUCACACACAGGGGAAAGUGGCCAAAGCAGGUCUCGUGGGAACAGGGCAGCUUGCUUCCUAACAACCUCGCUCUCCCUCGGAACCGAGAGCGUCCACAGACGCGCUUCAGCGGGCAGUUUAAGCACUCAGUCGUUGCUCUCUUAACCUUUCUUCUUAUGGAUGUGAACUGUGCUGUGGAUAAACCAUUCGUAUUUCUUGAAUGUGCUCUAUGACUAACAGUUAUUAAGUCAGUUGUGUAUAUGUGUAACUAAUGUAACUGCCUUUUAAAAUUUCAUUACAAUAAAAAUGACUUUGCUCUGAA